AGAAAAAGGAGAGGGCAGGGGCAGGCACCCUGAAUGUGGUGAUGAUUCGGAGAUGUACUUUACAAACAAAACCAGAUUCAAUUCAACAACGAAACAGUGUCUGUGUUGGUGUCCUUAACGCUUUAUAGACAAGCCGAACACUUACCAGUUCGUAGUAUCCGAUGUAGCUAGUAGCUAGUAGCUAGCAGCUAGCAGCUACCUCCCACGUGAACUAAACCAAUGCAAACAACCCCAAUCACCACCACAUCCUCCUCCUUCUUCAUCCUUAACAACCAUGGCUUCCACCCAAAGCAGCUCCGCCUUUUCUCUCUCCAUCUUCUUCAUAUUCAUCGCCCUCUUUCUCUACCAUUUCCACUUUCAAUCUCAACCUUCUUCCCCUAACCCAUCCCAAACCCUACCCCCAAAUUCUACCGACCAUGGAACCCCCUCUCGCCGCAACUACAUCGUGCGGUUCCGCCACUACAAGACCGCCCACCACCACCGCUCCUAUCUGGAAUCCAACCUCCGAUCCCGAGGCUGGCACUGGAUCCACCGCCACAACCCUGCCGCCAAGUUCCCCACCGACUUUGCCUUGGUUUCUGUUGAGGAUGGAUUGAUUCGACAGAUUGAGGCUCUGCCACUGGUCAAGGACUUGCAUUUGGACAUGAGCUACACCAGGGGUCUUCUCCACAAGGAUCGCACCCACAAAGGCAAAGGUGGUGCCUUUGUCGAUGGCAAGAAGCGCCCUGGCAAGAUAUUCACGUCCAUGUCGUUUACCGAGGAACCAUAUAGAGAUGGAGAUGAUGAACCACCCCAUUGCUCCUUCACUCGAAACUCUUCCGUCAAGUUGGGACGCCAACUCUUGAUGCAGAGAUCUCAAGUGACUUCCAUGUUUGGGGCGGAGGAUCUCUGGGCAAAAGGGUACACAGGUGCAAAAGUCAAAAUGGCUAUAUUUGAUACAGGCAUUCGAGCUGAUCACCCUCAUUUUCGUAACAUCAAGGAACGAACAAAUUGGACCAAUGAGGAUACGUUAAAUGAUAAUCUUGGACACGGGACCUUUGUUGCUGGUGUUAUUGCUGGGGUAGACGCAGAGUGCCUUGGUUUUGCACCUGAUACAGAGAUUUAUGCAUUUCGUGUUUUCACUGAUGCACAGGUUUCAUACACAUCAUGGUUCCUUGAUGCCUUCAACUAUGCAAUUGCAACCAAUAUGGAUGUGCUAAACUUGAGCAUUGGUGGACCUGAUUAUUUGGAUCUUCCAUUUGUUGAGAAGAUAUGGGAAAUAACAGCAAAUAAUAUAAUCAUGGUCUCUGCAAUUGGAAAUGAUGGACCACUUUAUGGAACUUUGAACAAUCCAGCUGAUCAAAGUGAUGUUAUUGGCGUUGGUGGCAUUGACUAUAGUGACCAUAUUGCUUCAUUUUCCUCACGUGGCAUGAGUACUUGGGAACUCCCUCAUGGUUAUGGUCGUGUGAAGCCAGACAUAGUUGCAUACGGACGGGACAUAAUGGGAUCCAAGAUUAGCAAGGGUUGCAAAAGCUUAUCAGGAACAAGUGUAGCAAGUCCUGUAGUUGCCGGUGUUGUGUGCUUGCUUGUAAGUAUCAUCCCUGCAUCCGAUCGAAAAGACAUCUUAAACCCAGCAAGUAUGAAACAAGCAUUGGUUGAGGGUGCUGCAAAGCUCUCUGGGCCUAACAUGUUUGAGCAAGGUGCUGGCCGAGUUGAUUUGCUCGAAUCAUAUGGGAUUCUUAAGAGCUACAAGCCUAGGGCAAGUAUCUUCCCCAACAUCCUUGAUUAUACAGAUUGUCCUUACACAUGGCCUUUUUGUCGCCAACCACUCUAUGCAGGAUCUAUGCCUGUCAUCUUCAAUGCCACCAUUUUGAAUGGAAUGGGUGUUAUUGGCUAUGUCGAAGGCCCACCAACAUGGCAUCCUUCUGAUGAGGUGGGGAAUCUUUUAAGCAUUCAUUUUACACAUUCAGAGAUUAUCUGGCCUUGGACUGGUUAUUUAGCACUUCACAUGCAAAUCAAGGAAGAAGGUGCCCAGUUUUCUGGAAUUAUUGAAGGCAAUGUAACCCUUACGGUUUCUAGCCCACCUGCUCAAGGAGAGCGCCCUCAAACUAGCAUUUGUGUGCUUCAAUUGAAGUUGAAAGUGGUACCAACACCACCUCGAUCCAAACGAAUUUUGUGGGAUCAGUUUCAUAGUAUUAAAUACCCACCUGGUUACAUUCCGAGAGAUUCCUUGGAUGUUCGAAAUGAUAUUCUUGACUGGCAUGGUGAUCAUCUGCAUACGAAUUUUCACAUUAUGUUCAACAUGUUAAGAGAUGCUGAUUAUUAUGUUGAAACACUUGGAUCUCCUCUUACAUGCUUUGAUGCUCGUCAAUAUGGAACACUUUUGAUGGUAGAUCUUGAAGAUGAGUACUUCCCCGAGGAGAUUGAGAAACUUAGAGACGAUGUCAUGUAUACUGGAUUGGGGCUAGCCAUCUUUGCUGAGUGGUAUAAUGUAGAUACUAUGGUGAAGAUGAGAUUUUUUGAUGACAAUACACGAAGUUGGUGGACCCCUGUUACUGGAGGAUCAAAUAUUCCAGCACUGAAUGAUCUUUUGGCUCCAUUUGGGAUUGCUUUUGGAGACAAGAUCCUGAAUGGUGAUUUUUCGCUUUUAGGUGAGCAAAGCCGAUAUGCUUCUGGAACAAAUAUUGUGAGGUUUCCUAGAGGUGGCCAUGUACAUAGCUUUCCCUUCUUGGAUAGUUCCGAGAGUGGAGCCACUCAGAAUGUGCUGUUGAAUUCUGAAACCAAACCCGACUCUCCAAUUCUUGGUUUCACAGAGAUGGGUGAAGGUCGCAUAGCUGUUUACGGGGAUUCUAAUUGUUUGGACAGUAGCCAUAUGGUCACUAAUUGUUACUGGCUCCUAAAGAAAAUGCUUGAUUUUACUAGUACAGAUGCAAGGGAUCCUGUGCUGUUCUCCAAUUCAGUUAAACUAGACAUUUCGUUGUACGAAGAUGAUAAUCAGUUGCCAUCUCGGAGGACUGAUGUCAAUUUCUCAACAUAUUCGGCGGUUGUGGGAAAGGAUUUGAUUUGCCGAACUGACACAAGAUUUGAAGUAUGGGGAACCAAGGGCUAUAGUCUGCAGCUUCAAGGAAGAACAAAAAAGUUGCCUGGUUAUCCUCUCAUUGAUUUGGGAAGAGGGUUGAACUCAACUCUGGCUACUUCUUCUAGAAGGAAUCGAAUAUUUAACACACGGAACAAGGGUGACUCCGUUGGGAAUACGUACUUGGGCCUAUUCUAUGGAGAUGAGCUUGAUGCACCUAAGCUUGUUGGUAUUAACUGGCUUGUACCAGCUGUAGUUGCAGCAACGGGUUUUCUGCUAUUAUGUUUUUGGCGCAUUCGCCAAAAGCGACGGCGGCGAAGGAAAGGAUUAGGCGCUGGUAGAUUGGCCAACUUAUUAUAGCUGUGUUAUUUAAUUUAUUGUAACAGUAGCCUCUAGAGAAAUUUUCCUGUAGCAUAGAUAAAUUGGAGCGUUUCAACUAUGGUCAUCUUAGGAAGAUAGUCAGAUAAGGUGAUGAGAAAUCAAUUAUGUUUUGUUCUUGGGAUACUUGGAGUCAGAUGAAGAAAUUAUGCAUCUGAAACGUUCUUAUCUACUCAUUCAACAGAAA